AUGUCGUCAGUUAAUCCCAUCAUAGCGGGUUUCGCACCAGAUCCAUCUGUCGUCAAAGUAGGCGAAUGGUUCUUUCUCAUCAACUCCAGCUUCCACCUAUUUCCAGGUCUGCCAAUCUAUGCUUCGCAGGACCUCAUCUCGUGGCGGCAUAUAGGAAAUGCUAUCAAUCGCCAAUCCCAGCUGAGCUUGUCGAAAUCGCAGACGGAACUACACCCGUUACCUGAGACGGGUGAGAUUUUGGUGGCCGCAGGAGGGUUAUAUGCGCCCACGAUCCGAUACCAUGACGGCAUCUUCUAUGUCGUAUGCACCAAUGUGGUUCGUACAGCUACCGGCGACUCCAGCCAGAACUUCGUCAUCUCAACCGAGGAUAUCUGGGCCGACAACUGGAGCGAUCCAGUCUAUUUCGAAUUCAAUGGUAUCGAUCCGAGCCUCUUGUUUGAUGACGACGGCAAAACAUACGUCCAAGGAUCCGCUGCACCUGGCCCUUUCACAACCAUCAAUAUGUUCGAGAUUGAUCUCAACACCGGCAGAAAGCUCUCAGAAGAGAGAACAAUAUGGCGCGGUACCGGCGGCAUCUACCCCGAGGGCCCACACUUGUAUAAGCGGAACGGAUAUUACUAUCUGCUCAUUGCAGAGGGGGGCACUCAUGAAGGGCAUAUGGUGACGAUGGCCCGAUCAAGGAAUAUCUGGGGUCCGUACGAGGGCUGUCCCCACAAUCCAAUACUUACAGCACGCGGCACCGACGAGUAUAUCCAGUACACUGGGCACUGCGAUAUUUUCCAAGACGACAAGCAGCAAUGGUGGUGUACCUGCCUCGGCGUGCGGAAGGAUCAGGAUGGCCGCUAUAUCAUGGGCCGUGAGACGUUUUUGACUCGGGCGAGCUGGGAUGGAGAUUGGCUCACUCUGGAGCAGGUCAAGCUGACGCCCAGUGGCCUUCGAAGCAAUGACGAAGGGAAAAAGCUUAUCGCCAACCACGGUGUUGACUACGUCUAUAUUCGCAAUGCCAAUCUGAGCAAUUACACCCUGCCCAACAGUACCGAUAGUAAUCUGGCGCUGACUGCCUCACCCGACGAUCUGUCACAUCCUGAGCUCAGUCCUAGUUUUAUAGGAAAGAGGCAGCGCCAAUUGGACGGCUGGAGUGGUGUCGAGCUGCGGGCUGUGCAGGCGACUUGGAGUGCGGCAAAGCUGCGGGCUGGAAUGGCCUGCUACAAGGAUGAGCAUCGCUUCCUCCGGAUAUACUAUGACGCUGCAGAGCUUGCUAUUGUCGUUGACAUAAUCAACAAGCCAAAGGACAUUUCUCGACAAGAGCGGCAGACACUCGAGCGGCUGCCGGAGUCAGUAGCGUUUCGAAUGCAGUAUUCGGAGCAGGAGUAUCGGCUAUUCUACACUGUCGGACAGGAUGCUGAGCGGAAUUGGCUGUGUGUAUCGACGAUUGACACUCUAGACCUGACCGGCCCCGACUUUACAGGCCCAGUAAUUGGCGUCUUUGCGGUGGCAGAGACAGCGGAUACUGCGGUUCAGUUUAGGAAUCUCGUUGUUUGCUAG